AUGAUAUCUAACUUUAUGUUUGGUCUAAAACCAGAGUUAGAAAAUAGACUGGCAGUCGGGAACUACGAGAGUCUCACCGAGCUAGUGGAAAAGGCUGUGAAUGUGGAGAUUGGAUUGGAAGCUGAGAAGGCGGCAACUAAGAAAUCCAAGCAGCAUCAAGAAGGAAAGUAUGGUGGAAACCAAAGAUCUUUUAAGGGUAAAGAUAAGGAAAAGGAGUCGGGAGGGCCAAGUCGACGAUCUCUGUUCAUAGGGAAAUGCUUUAAUUGUGGCAAGAUAGGCCAUAAGUCAAGUGAAUGCUACGGGAAGAAACCUGGAUCCUUUCAAUCAAACUCAUACAAUCCUACAUGCUACACGUGUGGAAAGAAAGGACACAUCUCUACCCAGUGCAGCGUCAAUCGUCCUAUCCCAGCUACGCCAAUCACUGUCCAUCCUCCUCCAGCUCCACCUGCAAUCGCACCAGCGCCAAAAAGGCAAGCUAUAGGAGGUAGAGUUUACGCUUUAGAACUAGAUGAUACUAAACCUUCAGGCCCAUCUAAGGGUCCCAUCACAGGAACAUUACAUGUUGCGGGGCGUCCCACACAUGUAUUGUUCGACUCCGGGGCAACACAUAGUUUUGUGACCCCUGAGGUAGCUGCCGAGUUUGUGGGAUCAUUUGUGAUUGACAGGAUGGAUGUGGCUGUAAUGACUCCCGGAGACCAAACCCUCCAAGCAAAAGAAUGCCUCAUAAGGGUUCCGUUAGUUAUUUGCGAGAAGAUGUCUGGCAGAUUUGUUGGUGGUGCCCUUAAAAGGAUAUGA